AUGGCAGAGCAGGGAAGGAAGUCCAAACCUCUGGACCGCCAUCCGAUGCCCCUUUCCCUUCUGUCACAUCUGGCUGUGCAUUGCUUUGUGGGAGUCUUUUGGUUCUGCACCGACGUGGGAGGCUGGAAGCGGCUGGAGGCAGAUGGGCACUCCAGUGACGAGGAAACUUUCCGAAGAUUAGGAAGGAAGGAAUGGAUAGUGUUGGAAGGAAUGAGUGUGGACACAGAGCUGUGUACUCUCAGGUCCCACCAGGUAGUUCUGAAGAUGUAUAACUGCCGUGGGCUACAGCUUUUGUUUGCUUGUUUUGGUGAAGUAGAAUGCCAGGAUGCCUUGGAAACAGCAGCCCGAGCUGAGGGCCUUUCCCUGGAUGUGUCUACGCAUUCUCAGCUCAGAAUUCUGGAUGACGAACAUCCCAAGGGAAAGUACCAUCAUGGCCUAAGUACUUUGAAGCCCAUCCGGACCACUUCCAAACACCAACACCCGGUGGACAAUGCUGGGCUCUUUUCCUGUAUGACGUUCUCAUGGCUUUCUCCUCUGGCCCGCGUGGCCCACAAGAAGGGGGAGCUCUUAAUGGAGGAUGUGUGGCCUUUGUCCAAGUAUGAGUCUUCUGAUGUGAACUGCAGAAGACUAGAGAGACUGUGGCAAGAAGAGCUGAAUGAAGUUGGGCCAGAUGCUGCCUCCCUGAGAAGGGUUGUGUGGAUCUUCUGCCGCACCAGGCUCAUCCUGUCCAUCGUGUGCCUGAUGAUCACGCAGCUGGCGGGCUUCAGUGGACCAGCCUUUGUGGUGAAACACCUCUUGGAGUAUACCCAAGCAACAGAGUCUAAUCUGCAGUACAGCUUGCUAUUGGUCCUAGGCCUGCUUCUGACAGAAGUUGUGCGCUCUUGGUCACUUGCACUGACUUGGGCAUUGAAUUACCGAACUGGUGUCCGCCUACGGGGGGCUAUCCUAACUAUGGCAUUCAAGAAGAUCCUUAAGUUAAAGAACAUUAAAGAGAAGUCCCUAGGUGAGCUCAUCAAUAUUUGCUCCAACGACGGGCAGAGGAUGUUUGAGGCAGCUGCUGUUGGCAGUUUGUUGGCUGGAGGACCCGUUGUUGCCAUCUUGGGCAUGGUUUAUAAUGUGAUCAUUCUGGGCCCAACAGGCUUUCUAGGCUCAGCUGUUUUCAUCCUCUUUUAUCCAGCAAUGAUGUUUGUGUCACGGCUCACUGCAUACUUCAGGAGAAAGUGUGUGACUGCCACAGAUAACCGUGUCCAGAAGAUGAAUGAAGUUCUCACCUAUAUUAAAUUUAUUAAAAUGUAUGCCUGGGUCAAAGCAUUUUCUCAGAAUGUUCAAAAAAUCCGAGAGGAAGAGCGUCGGAUAUUGGAAAAGGCCGGGUACUUUCAGAGCAUCACUGUUGGCGUGGCUCCCAUUGUGGUGGUGAUUGCCAGUGUAGUGACAUUCACUGUUCAUAUGACUUUGGGCUUCGAUCUGACAGCAGCACAGGCUUUCACGGUGGUGACUGUCUUUAAUUCCAUGACUUUUGCUUUGAAAGUAACACCAUUCUCAGUAAAGUCCCUCUCGGAAGCAUCGGUUGCUGUUGACAGAUUUAAGAGUUUGUUUCUAAUGGAAGAGGUUCACAUGAUUAAGAACAAACCAGCCAGUCCUCACAUCAAGAUAGAGAUGAAAAAUGCCACCUUGGCAUGGGACUCCUCUCACUCCAGUAUCCAGAACUCACCCAAGCUGACUCCUAAAAUGAAAAAAGACAAGAAGGCUUCCAGGGGCAAGAAAGAGAAGGUGAGGCAGCUGCAGCGCACCGAGCAUCAGGCGGUGCUGGCGGAGCAGAAAGGCCACCUCCUCCUGGACAGUGACGAGCGCCCCAGUCCUGAGGAGGAAGAAGGCAAGCACAUCCACCUGGGGAGUCUGCGCCUGCAGAGGACGCUGUACGGCAUCGACUUGCAAAUAGAAGAGGGUAAACUGGUUGGAAUCUGUGGCAGUGUGGGAAGUGGAAAAACUUCUCUAAUUUCAGCCAUUUUAGGCCAGAUGACACUUAUAGAGGGCAGUAUUGCAGUCAGUGGAACCUUCGCAUAUGUGGCCCAGCAGGCUUGGAUUCUCAAUGCCACUUUGAGAGACAACAUCCUCUUUGGGAAGGAAUUCGAUGAAGAAAGAUACAACUCAGUGCUGAACAGCUGCUGCCUGAGGCCUGACCUGGCCAUCCUCCCCAACAGUGACCUGACUGAGAUUGGUGAGCGAGGAGCCAACCUGAGUGGUGGACAGCGCCAGAGGAUCAGCCUUGCCCGAGCUUUGUACAGUGACCGGAGCAUCUACAUCCUGGAUGACCCCCUCAGUGCCUUAGAUGCCCAUGUGGGCAACCACAUCUUCAACAGUGCUAUCCGGAAGCACCUCAAGUCCAAGACGGUUCUGUUUGUUACCCACCAGUUACAGUACCUGGUUGAUUGUGAUGAAGUGAUCUUCAUGAAAGAGGGCUGUAUCACAGAGAGUGGUACUCAUGAAGAACUGAUGAACUUAAAUGGAGAUUAUGCUACUAUUUUUAAUAACCUGUUGCUCGGAGAGACACCACCAGUGGAGAUUAAUUCAAAAAAGGAAACCAGUGGUUCACAGAAGAAAUCACAAGACAAGGGUCCCAAAACAGGAUCAGUAAAAAAGGAGAAAGCAGUGAAGCCAGAGGAAGGGCAGCUCGUGCAGCUAGAGGAAAAGGGACAGGGUUCUGUGCCCUGGUCAGUCUAUGGUGUGUACAUCCAGGCUGCAGGGGGCCCUUUGGCAUUCCUUGUCAUCAUGUCCCUGUUUAUGCUGAAUGUGGGCAGCACAGCCUUCAGUACCUGGUGGUUGAGCUACUGGAUCAAGCAAGGAAGUGGGAAUACCACAGUGAUUCGAGGGAACAGGAGCUCCGUGAGUGACAGCAUGAAAGAUAAUCCAUUCAUGCACUACUAUGCCAGCAUCUAUGCCCUCUCCAUGGCAGUUAUGCUGAUCCUGAAAGCUGUUCGUGGAGUGGUUUUUGUCAAGGGCACCCUUCGAGCUUCCUCUAGGCUGCAUGAUGAGCUUUUCCGAAGGAUCCUUCGGAGCCCUAUGAAGUUUUUUGACACUACCCCUACAGGGAGGAUUCUCAACCGGUUUUCCAAAGACUUGGAUGAAGUUGACGUCCGCCUGCCAUUCCAGGCUGAGAUGUUCAUCCAGAAUGUUAUUCUGGUAUUCUUCUGUGUUGGGAUGAUCGCAGGAGUUUUCCCGUGGUUCCUUGUGGCUGUGGGUCCCCUUGUCAUCCUCUUUUCAGUUCUGCACAUCGUCUCCAGGGUCCUGAUUCGUGAGCUGAAGCGUCUGGACAACAUCACUCAAUCACCUUUUCUCUCACAUAUCACAUCCAGCAUACAAGGCCUUGCCACCAUCCAUGCCUACAACAAAGGGCAUGAGUUUCUACACAGGUACCAGGAGCUACUGGAUGACAACCAGGCUCCUUUCUUCUUGUUCACCUGUGCAAUGAGGUGGCUGGCUGUGCGGCUGGAUCUCAUCAGCAUUGCCCUGAUCACCACCACUGGGCUGAUGAUUGUCCUGAUGCACGGGCAGAUUCCCCCGGCCUACGCUGGUCUUGCCAUCUCCUAUGCUGUCCAGUUAACGGGGCUGUUCCAGUUUACCGUCAGACUAGCAUCUGAGACAGAAGCUCGAUUCACUUCAGUGGAGAGGAUCGACCACUAUAUUAAGACUCUCUCCUUGGAAGCACCUGCCAGAAUCAAGAACAAGGCCCCUCCCCAUGACUGGCCCCAAGAAGGAGAGGUGACCUUUGAGAAUGCAGAGAUGAGAUACCGAGAAAAUCUCCCUCUGGUCCUGAAGAAAGUGUCAUUCACCAUCAAACCCAAGGAGAAGAUUGGCAUAGUGGGUCGGACAGGGUCAGGGAAGUCCUCUCUGGGUAUGGCCCUCUUCCGUCUGGUGGAGUUAUCUGGAGGUUGCAUCAAGAUUGAUGGAGUGAGAAUCAGUGACAUUGGCCUUGCCGACCUCCGAAGCAAACUCUCCAUUAUUCCUCAAGAGCCAGUGCUGUUCAGUGGCACCGUCAGAUCAAAUUUGGACCCCUUCAACCAGUACACAGAAGAACAGAUCUGGGAUGCCUUGGAAAGGACUCAUAUGAAAGAAUGUAUUGCUCAGCUACCUCUAAAACUGGAGUCAGAAGUGAUGGAGAAUGGAGACAACUUCUCCGUGGGGGAACGGCAGCUGUUGUGCAUAGCCAGGGCCCUGCUGCGCCACUGUAAGAUUCUGAUCUUAGAUGAAGCUACAGCUGCCAUGGACACAGAGACAGACUUACUGAUUCAAGAGACCAUCCGGGAGGCAUUUGCAGAUUGCACCAUGCUGACAAUUGCCCAUCGCCUGCAUACGGUUCUAGGCUCUGACAGGAUUAUGGUGCUGGCCCAGGGACAGGUGGUGGAGUUUGACACCCCCUCGGUCCUUCUGUCCAAUGACAGUUCCCGGUUCUAUGCCAUGUUUGCCGCUGCUGAGAACAAGAUUGCCGUCAAGGGCUGACUCCUCCUGCUGAUGAGGUCUCUGAUGACAGUCUCCAUCUGGGAGCACCUCCAUUCCCUGCCUGGGGUGGCCCCUGUCAUAUCCUCCUGCCGGAACCUUGCCUUUCCCAACUUUCUCUUUCUCGCACAGCAGUUCAGGAUUGGCUUGUGUGUUUCACUUUUAGGGAGAUUCAUAUUUUGAUUAUUGUAUUUAUUCCCUAUUCAUGUAAAUGGGUUUAGUUUUUGUUCUUAAUUGCACUCUAAAAGGUUCAGGGAACCAUUACUAUAAAUGUAUCAGAGGCCUAUAAUGAAGCUUUCUACGUGUAGCUCUUAUCUAUAUAUAAUUGUGUAUAUAGCCUAUAUUUACAGUGAAAAUGUAAGCUGUUUAUUUUAUAUUAAAGUCAGCACUGCUGAUGGCAGUGCAUAUUCCUUUCUAUCAUUUUUGUACAGUUUGCUGCACUAAAGCUCUGUUUGCUAUUAGACUGUAGAAAGGGUAGCAAUUUGUUCUCUAGCUGGUGGUUUCAUGGCGCUGGGCUUUCUGGUCAUCCAAAGGAAGAUGGGUGGCAAUAGCAAGGCCCUCCGCAGCCGCUCUCCACAGCCACUCAGGAGACAGGGUGAGUGAGACUGCCAGGCCUUGCUGAGUGCUGUGAAUUCUCAGGGCUCCUGCCUUCUGUCCUGGUGUCACUCAGUGUUUCCGUCAAGAGAGCAAUGGGGCAAAGCUCCAGCCCCCUCACCGCCCGCCCCCCUCCACCAGGAAUCAGUGUCUCAGGGCCAUUCCUGCUGACAGGGGGAGGACUUCUGUCCUGCCAUCCUCUUUGCUGUUGUUUCCAAACAAGAACCAGAACCAGUCUGUUCACAGAGUGUCCCACUGCCUCAGGUUCCUCACGCUGGCCACUGCACAGAGCUCUUCAGCUCCCGGGCCAGUUGGUCCCCAGCCCUGGGGCCAACUGCUGCUGUUUUAGGUGGCAUUUUCAUUUGCCUGUUCCCAACCUCCACAGUUGACUGAGCCGGGACUGUGGAGGCUUUUCUCCCUUCUCUCACCGCAGCUGUUUCACAGUCUCCUCUCCAAAGUCUGCAACUUUCAGCAGCUCUUGCUAAUCAGUGUCUCACACUGGCGUAGAAGUUUUUUUUUGUUUUUGUUUUUGUACUGUAAAGAAACCUACCUCAGGUUGCUGGUUGCUGUGUGGUUUGGUGUGUUCCUGCAGACCCCCUUUGUGCUCUGGGGCCCGUAGCUCAGGUGGGCGUGGUCACUGCUGUCAUCAGUCGAAUGGUCAGCGUUGCAUGUCGUGACCAACUAGACAUUCUGUCGCCUUAGCAUGUUUGCUAAACACCUUGUGGAAGCAAAACUCGGAAAAAAGUGAAUAAAAUUAUUUUGGAUUUU